CCACAUCAGCUGCCUUGCGCUACCCUGCGGACGAGGUUGUCGAAGGGACGGGGCGACGUGAUCUGACAACCAUCCGUCGCUACAGCGCCACCCGCACAGCGACCCGAUGCGCUGGGAUCUCGGAUCUAAAUCUAAUCUAAUCAAUUGCGAACAGAAAGUCUGUGCUGUGACGUCUUGCCACCCUCUCGAUCCAGACUUCACUUUUGCAUUCGACCCCAUAUAUUGCACGCCUUCCUGGUGCGAGAAGCUACCAUGGCUGAUUCACUGCUUGGGAAGCAUCAGCUGGAAAAGGCUCUGUACGACGAGAAGCAGGAAAUCUCCUCUGGCCGACUCAAGGACGAGAAUCCUCUUGACACCAGCCUCGAGUUCCGGAAGUUCUGUGAAGCAUGUCGAAGAGGCGACCUUCGAAUUUGUCAAGAACAGAUCAGCAAAGGUGUCAAUAUCAAUGCUCGAGAUGAGUACGAUUACACGCCUUUGAUUCUUGCGUCACUAUGUGGCCACUACGAAGUAGCUCAAAUGCUGCUGGAGCAAGGAGCUUUGUGUGAGCGCGAUACCUUCCAAGGUGAACGAUGUCUUUACAAUGCCUUGAACGAUCGAAUUCGGAAUCUCCUAUUGCAAUACGACUACAGUAAAUCGACAGACCCUCUACAGCCCUUGGCAGCACAUGUUACAAGCCUUUUGACGAGAGUGUCGCCCAAAACAUCGGAUAUCACCGUCGAGGCUGGAACGGAGAAGUUCGAGCUUCACAAAUUCGUUCUCAGUGCACGAAGUCCAUAUUUCGCCAAGAAGCUCGCUGCUGCACCCGAAACGACACACUGGAAACUGUCCAGUUCAAUUGCACCUCAGUCAUUCGAGACAUGUAUAAAGUAUCUCUAUCUUGCCGAAGUGGGUGCGGAUCUCGGCGAUGGAGAGGAGGCGCAAAUCAUCCUGACAGGCAUCGACAAGCUCAGUCGCCAGCUGGAGAUCGAACAGCUAUUCCAGGACAUUCUUGCAUCCGGCGACCGAAGACAGGCUCGACAAAGGCGAGCUGAAGAAGUACAACGGAGCAGAGAUCAACUUGCAGAUUGGUUCGCCAACAAUGUUCUCAAGCACAAGAUGACAGUGGAGAGCGCGAAGGCAAACGACGUGAAGUGGGAUCGAGAUAAUGGCAUUUUUGCGGAUGUGCUUCUUCGUGCCGAUGAAGAUGAAGAUGUCGAAGGAACAGAUACGCCAUCAAUGGAACAAGAUGUGCGGCGGAAAGAAGGUCCUCUCAACGGCAUUCCAAUUGGCAACUUCCAACGUCAAGCCUCCCGAGCCUCAUCACAGGCACGAAAAUCGAGGCGAUCAGUGCUAUUUCCCUGCCAUCGAGCCAUGCUGCUGCGAUCCGAGGUUUUCGCAACCAUGUUCGCUUCGCCCUUCCGAGAAGGUCAAGAAUCGAAGCACUUGCAGAUUGUACCAGUGGACUGCUCGCCCGAAGUCCUCGAGAUUAUCCUAACGUUCAUGUAUACUGAAAAAGCAGACUUCACAUUAUCGAUCGCACUGGACGUACUCAAUGCCGCAGACAUGCUAUUCAUCGACAAAUUGAAACAGCGAGCAGCGCUAUUGAUCAGCACUUUAGGCGCAGGCGCCAGUGUUGUCGAGGCCGACAAUCCGAGAGGAGAGACCGAGGCGGAAGAUCUACUGGACAUUUACGAUGUGGUACGAGCAGGAUGGGAUACCCGCGUACACCGUUUAGAGGAGUUUGGUGCGAGAUACAUCGCAUACCGACUGGAACGGUACAUUGACGAACCGGAAUUCAGAGAGCUCGUGCAGGAGUCGGCGAAUCGGAUCAAAUCUCGUGAGGAGACAGAUACUGUUGAGCUCAUAGAUGAUAUCCGCUACUAUCUGUCAGAACGCUUCCGCCUUCGUUUUGAGGAUACUGGUUUCGACGAGACCUUCGACGAGUCGCCCGCAGACGAUUUGAGAGAGGGCAUUGAAAAGCUCCACAUUGACGAAGGCGUCGAUGUUGAUACUCCAGUACAGGCCGGACAGAGUGCAGAGAAUAUGGAAGGGCAGGUCGUCAUUCGAACAUUAGAUGGAGAAAUUGCAGGUGACGAGUUCGCGCAGGAUGCUAUGAAUUAUCAAAUCUUACUGGGAAAGAUAGACACGCUGAUGGAGAAUUUGGGGCUGGAUGGCUAGAGCUAUGAAUAGAUGCUUUGCCCAUGAGCCUAGAUUUUGACUUGCCGCCGGACAGUGGCGUUCUCAAAAGCUUUGCUCCUCCCAUCCUGAUUGUGGCACGGAUAUUAUGAGCUGAUUUUGAUUUGCGACCAUGCCGGAGUCAGCUCGAAUGUGAAUACGGACUCAAGAAAUGUGCC